AUGGCCGAAACCAAGAGGAUCUUCACCUUUCUGCUGAGGUUUAUAGCCUUUUGCACCACGCUCUCGGCUUCUAUCGUAAUGGCUUCUAGCCGUGAGAGGACUACUGUUUUGGCGUUGUCGUUUGAAGCCAAGUACUCGGAUACACCCGCAUUGAUGUACUUUGUUAUUGUGAAUGCGAUAGUGAGCGUCUAUGGGUUCUUGAUUCUGUUUCUUCCGUCGAAAAGCCAACUCUGGCGACUAGUUGUUGCCCUAGACGCCGUUUUCACUAUGUUGCUGACUUCAAGCAUCUCGGCGGCCAUGGCGAUUGCUUAUGUGGGGAAGAAAGGGAACCCAAAUGCAGGUUGGCUACCAAUAUGUGACCAAGUGAGAAAGUACUGCAACCAAGUCCAAGGAGCUUUGAUUGUUGGGUUCAUCAAUGUUAUCCUCUACAUCUUGUUCUUCCUCUAUUCUAUUCAUACAACCCUAAACCCUCUUCUACUUGAAAGGUCUUAAUUACUUGGGACACAUAGGUUUACCUAUG